AUGAGUACGACAAAAGUCAUACGAAAACUCGCUAUCCUGCUGCUGCUUACUGCCAGCUCGAGCCCACUUGUGCACUCGCUGCGCGCCACACCACUGCACUUCGGUGUUGCUCGUAAUGCGGACGGUGAUGGUAAACUAGUAAUUUACGCACAGGAUGAACAACCGGCCAUGCAGGAACCGCGUCUGGAUGCAAGCGCACCAGCUAGUGAAAGCGUCAAAGACACAACCACGCCACAAGAAAGCGAACUAGAGAAGGACAGUCGCAAAUUGCCCGAUUAUCUAUACUCGAAUGCUAUGCCCGUUAUGGACGAUGAGAGCAUUAAAUUUAUGCUGCCAAAUAUCGGUUUUCCUAUUUAUACCGGUGCAACAUCAAAUACAGCCGCCAUACUGGACAAUCGUCUGACAUCGAAUGAUAUGCGUCGUAACUAUCCUUACUAUGAGAAUGCUUAUCAACGUUGGGCGCUUGCCGAUCGCUUACAACUCGGUUUUAAUUUGAACGGUAACGGCGGUUUAAAUUUAGUAUCGCCUUCAACUAAAUUACCUAAUAAUGCCAUGAAUCAAGAAAAUCUUGCUUUGCAACCGCCCGCUGCCAUAUUGCCUGUGGCUGUGGUGGGGCCACCGGGUCCACCGGGGCCACCUGGGCCGCCAGGCCCACGCGGACCUACCGGCGCAACCGGACCUAUGGGCAGACCUGGUCCUCAAGGGCGUACUGGCCCGCCUGGACCAUCGGGUCCACCAGGACAACAAAUAACUCAUGGUUUGAAUCAGAAUCCAAACAUUUGGUACGCAUCUAACGCUAAACCCUUGCUUCCAUUAUAUCAAAAUGAAAGUUAGCAUCAAUUAGCUCCGUUGACAACAAAGAGAAGAAGGCACUUAAUAAAUAAAUACAGAAAUACUUAA